AUGGAUUUGCCCUACCAUGGCGCCAAGAGAGACAACAGUGUUCGUGCGGUAGUUGACGAAGUAUCAGCUAGUGUUAGGCACCCGGCUGGGGACUGGCUGGCCCGAAAUUCUGCUGAGAUCUACAGCGAAAUAUUGCAACUUUAUCAAGAGGAUACCGAAUCUGGUUUCGAGCGGCGGUCAAUCAUUGGGAUCGGUCACUCUGUUGGAGCUGCCACCCUUUGGAAUAUCGAAGCCCAGAAUCCAGGAACGUUUGCCGGACUGGUUCUAUUUGAGCCGAUUGUCGAGAAACCCGGGACUCGUGACCCGAAGACCCAACGAUUCAUGGUCAACACUACGCUUAACCGGGAGUAUCGCUGGCCAAAUUAUGAAGCUGCUGUUCGCUACUGUGAAGACUUCAAGGGGUUUGCGUCCUGGGAUCGUGAAAGUCUGAAGGGCUGGAGAGAAGGAGCCAUAGUUCCGGAGCAAGAUGGGUCUGAAUCUGUAGUACUGGCAUGCCAUCCGACCAUCGAAGCCUCCAUCUAUUGUCAGAACUGGCUGUGGCUAUCCGAUCAUGAACUGGCAAAGAUUUCGUGUCCAGUUUCAUUUUACGGAGGAGCUCGCUCGAAAGUGUUUGCACAUGACUAUUUCGAGAAACUGGAACAACGCUGGCCUUGGAUCUACACGAACCAUUUUCCGAUGGAGAACACCUCACACAACCUGGUGAUGGAGAACCCAAAAGCAUGCGCAAGGGCCAUUCUCGACAGCAUCAAAACACUUGACUGUUUCAACUCGCAAGAAAAGUUUGAGUUCGUUGGCUGAAAGUUGACAAUCCACAAAAUUUCCCUCGGAUUUAAUCCUAGUGAAACUACUGCAUAAAUUCAAAUAAAGUGUUUUCGUUCAUAC